AAAAUGACGAGAAAACGAAGAUUUUCAAAAAUAAAGGAGGAAGUUGUUGAUCAAAAACCUGCACUAACAAAGGAUCCUGAAAAUACUGUGGAGGAUGAAUUGCCAGCAUUAGAAUCCUGUGCAACAGAAAAAGAAGUAAAUGGUGAAGAGAAAGUUGAUGAUUUGAUAGCUGAACGUUGCAAUUUCCAUUUAUAUCAACCACUUGAAGUUCAGGCAAUGGCACAUUCUAAAUUUACAAAGAGGACGUAUGGAAAAGAAAAGGUUAGUUUUAAUGAAUUAAAUAAGUUGGAAUUUUUCGGUUUUGAGCUAGUAUGGGGUUUUCUGACUAGAGACUUUGACGAGAUAUCGAUCGAGGAUCUCAGGUAUCGAGAAUUUUUAGAGAUCUCGAUUCUCAUACAAAAAUUUUUCGAGAUUCCAUCGAGAUUUAACGAGACUUACGAUAUACUCUUGAUUAUCGAGAAUCGAUAUUUUUUGAGAUCUCGAUUCUUGUACGACAUUCCUGUCCGGUCUCUAUUUCCAACCGUUAAAAUUCUUAAAAUAACCUAUUUUAUAGAUGUAGAAUUUCUAAGUGACUUACAUAUCUCGUUUUCAUUGUCUUUAUAUUUAAUUAUCUUCAAUUUUAGUUCUGCUUCAACAGAAGAUGAGAAAAAAUUAAGUAUUUUGUCAUUUGUUGAAUUCUACAAUGCUUCAAAUCCGCCACUUCUUUUUCUUGAAAAAAGUAUACCUUUAUUAGACUCCCUUGGUUCACUUGUGUGGAUUGAUACUUGGGUUGUUGUUGGUGGAUUAUAUGGCCAAUUAUAUUUCUUUUCUCCUUUUACUACACGAUUUAGGAGAAUUCAACUUUGCCCAACAGAAAUUGUUUCAAUGGCACGUUUCGAUCAUGCUAACUUUUGUGUUAUUAGUAAAACUGGUCAAUUAAUUUUACUUGGAAGAAAUGAUGCAGAAACUGAUAUUUCUCUUGAUUUGGAUGAAAAACCAGUAACUAGCAGUAGUUCAAAUACUUCUUUUACUUCUGAAAGAAUUAAUCGGAUUCCAACAUUUACAACUAAAAAAUUAUUAAAUUUUGAUUCUGAUCGUUAUCCAACUUCUUUGGCUUGUACCAAGUGCAGGUAUAAAGCAACUCCAAAACAACAUCACAAACCUCACAGUAUUGCAAUUGGAAUGGUUAAUUGGUUAACUAUUUUGACUUUAAAUAAUGAAAAAAAUGUGGAUCAAAUGAAAAUUAUUUCUCGUCGGGAUAUUCAAUUACCUCAUAAUAAACAAGCUAAUAUAAUUAUUUGGUCACUUCUUUUCUUCAAUGAUUUUUUAUUUGUUGGUGAUUCUAUAGGGCAAGUAACCAUUUAUAAUCCAUCAAAUGGUGUUGUUUAUAAGAUUUUUAAAUCUCAUCAAGCACAUAUUUUGACAAUAGCUACAGAUUAUUUAAAUGUAUUUGCUUCUGGUGCUGAUUUUAGGAUACAAAUAUUCGCGAUGACAGGCAAAAAGAAAAAUGAUCCUAUGAGCUGGCUUAUGGUUGGUCAACGUCAAUUUCAUACCAAUGAUGUUCGGUCGUUGUGUGCAUUAAAUAGGCAAUGGCUGGUUUCUGGUGGUUUUGAGGGCUUUUUUGUGUCUAAUAGAGUUUUGUGUUGCAAACCUCAGAAAAGACCAGAAUGUGAUUUUUCCCCUGAUCGUGGUCUAAUAAUCACAAGACAGCUUAAUUACAUUGAUGUGUGGUACAAACCAGAUCAGUCUUCAGUCAUGGAUUUUUCUGACAUUAAACAAAGCAGAUAUUUAAAGUGCGUUUUAAACCCGAGGAGGUUAAUUAGAAUUCAAAGCGGAGACAUGGGAUUUGUUAAACAGUCAUGCAUUUCUCCUAAUGGGAAAUAUAUUUGCUUUGCUGGCACAAUAAAGGGGGCAAUCUCUGUCAUAGAAUUACAUGAAAAUGUUAUUGAAGAAUUAUUGAAAAGAGCAAUAGAAAAUAAAAAGAACGAAAUUAAUAUUGAAAAAGAGGAAGAUAAUUCAGAUAUAAAUCUAUUAAUUAAACAAUAUUGGAGUAAUCAAUUAAUUUCUAAAGAAGAUUUUGAAUUUAAAGGAGGGAAAACAGUUUUUGCAGUGCAAUGUACAAACAAUUAUUUAUAUUAUGCUACCGGUGAAUAUCAAUUAAUGAGACUUGAAUUGACCACAAAAACUUUGAUUACGAUUACACAUAAAUCUGAUUUUGGUCACAUAACAAAAAUUUGUGUUAAUCCUUCUGAAACGUCAUUAUUUGCACUAACAACAGAAGGAAGCUCGUUAUUAAUCAAUCUUAAUAAUGAUACUCCAAUAGAGCUUGAAAUGACAGAUCAGUCAAAAGAAUCAAAGUUAAUUAUAAUUGAAGACGAAAACAAUGAACCACAAAAUAAGACUAUAGUAAAACAACCAUCGUCUCUUUUUGCAGUACAACAACUCCAAGUUUUACCUUCAACAGCUCCAAAAAUCAUCUCCUUUUUUGACUGUCUAUUUAUUGAUGAUACAACAAUUGUCCUUUUGUCUUCAGAUUUGGAACAACAUUUUAUUUUAUAUAACGUUACUAAUGGUCAAAAAUUAGUAAAAUCAGCCUCUAAUCUUGGAUGUAAAGAUUUGGAAUGGAUUUCGAAUUUAAAUUGUCAAUCUGAUGAAAAUUGUCAACAAGCUAAUAUUCAUCAAUUAAUUGGAACCACAAACAAAGGACGUGUUUAUCUUAUCCAGAUUAAUGGCUUAAAUGAGGAACUAAAUAUUUAUGCAAUGCCAUUCCCUGAUAACACUGAAAAUAAUAAUUUUCUGUCUAAAAUCCCGGACCGCUGUAUUGAACCAUUCUGGAACCGUAAAUGUGCAAACGGUCAAAAACAUAUCGUACUCGUGGGCCACGAGGAAAUGAAGCCAACGGUAAUCCACAAAAAUCCAAUGAAUUUACGUUCUUUCAAGAAAUAG